AUGAAUUGGUUCAACUCUCUACCCAUAGGGUCGAUUGACACCUUCGCCCGGUUGUCAACCCGGUUUACCAACCAAUUCGCCAUCAACAAACAAUAUGCCAAGACCCCAGCUCAUCUUUUCUCUGUAGUACAGAGAGAUAACGAAACGGUCCGCAACUACAUUAAGCGUUUCGUAGAAGCCGUCUAUGAAGUCCCCAGUGUAAGACAAGACAUGCUCUCCGGGAUUAUGCAGCAGAACUUGAAACCGGGUAGAUUCAAAGAAUCUAUCGCCGGAAGACCCCCAGGCAACCUAGAGGAGUUGCUGAAUCGAGCCGAAAAAUACGUCCGGAUAGAGGAAGCCUCUACCCAUGCCCCUCCUAAAAGGAAAAGGGAAGAUGACCGUCAGGACAAUAGGAGGCGCGAUGAUCGACGUCCACCACUUCCACCUCAAGGCCAACCCUCUUCCUCCUACAAUAGGUUUACUCCGCUAAACACUCGCCUCACGGAAAUCCUUCGCGUGAUAGAACAGAAAGGUUUAGCAGAGCCUCCACGUCCUAUGCAGCCAAAUGCAAAGCGAGAAAAGUCGGAUCGUUAUUGUCGAUUCCACAAGGACAGAGGGCAUACUACGGAGGAAUGUGCACAACUCAAAGUGGCGAUUGAGAGGCUGAUCAAACAGGGUCAUUUAGGCGAAUACAUUGAUAUACCUCGAAAUAAGCGCCGUGAUGAUCCUCCACGCCGAGAUAAUAAUCGAGAUCAACAGCAAAGACGAGAUGAGGGGGGUCAUCGACGUGACCCAGAUAACAACGAUAACCAACCUACCCGGGGAAUCAUCUCCUUUAUCUCCGGAGGAUCGGCGGGUGGCGAUUCACAAAAUGCAAGACGCACCCUCGCUCGAUCAGUCCAGAUGAAGACCAUGUCGAUGCAUUAG